CAAAAAAAAAAGGCAAAUACUUUUGAGAUUGUUUAAUAACGAAUUAACGGCUUCCCCCACCGAACUUCUGUAAUGCCCAAAACCAUCAAAAAAAUCUUCAUUCUCCCUUUUUAGGGUUCUUCCGUUACAUUUCGUUUUCCUCUCCCGCAAAUCCCACAGCACAAUCUCCCAAUUUGGAAUCAGGCGUCCUAACUAGCAAGGAAGUUUAGUCGUCAAUCGUCAUGGACGUUUUGCCAGAUGCAUUGAUAUACGACGUUUUAAGGAGGCUUACACGAACAGAAGAUAGAAAUUCCGUGUCUUUAUCUUGCAAGCGCCUCCACGAGCUAGAGAAUGAGCAGAGACUGUUCCUUCGUGUUGGUUGCGGUCUGAACCCAGCAAAUGAAGCUUUAAACAUUCUAUGCAACAGGUUUUCCAACUUGAUGAAAGUGGAAAUUGUUUACUCUGGAUGGAUGUCCAAAUUCGGUAAACAGUUGGAUGAUCAAGGGCUUCUUGCCCUUUCAAACAGUUGCCCUUCUCUACUAGAUCUGACCUUAAGUCACUGCACCUUCAUUACAGACGCUGGUAUUGGUUACUUGGGUUCAUGUUCAAAACUCUCGUCCUUGAAAUUGAAUUUCACUCCUAGAAUAACAGGCUGUGGAAUCCUCUGUGUUGUUGUUGGGUGUAAGAAUCUAAGUGUGUUGCAUCUUAUUCGAUGCUUAAACAUUAGUAGUGCUGAGUGGGUUGAGUAUCUUGGAAAGCUUGAAAAGAUUCAAUACCUUAUAAUCAAGAAUUGUCGAGCUAUUGGGGAAGGUGAUUUGGUGAAGCUUGGAUUUAGUUGGCGAAAUCUAAAACAAUUGCAAUUUGAAGUGGAUGCCAAUUACAGAUACAUGAAGCUAUACGACCGAAUAGCAAUAGACAGAUGGAAAAAGCAAUUGGUUCCAUGUGAAAACAUGACGGAACUGAGCUUGAUAAACUGCAUCAUCAUGCCUGGAAAAGGUCUUGCUUGUGUUUUAGACAAGUGCAGGAAUUUGGAGAAGAUUCACUUGGACAUGUGUGUUGGAAUCAGGGACAAUGACAUCAUCGGCUUAUCCCGAACCUCAAGAGGUCUAAAAUCAAUAUCUCUCCGAAUACCAUCAGAUUUUUCAGUGUCUCUUCUGAUGAACAAUCGUUUAACAUUAACAGAUGAAAGCUUGAAAGCAUUGGCAGAAAACUGUACUUUUCUGGAAUCAGUCAGAAUAUCAUUUGCAGAUUGUGAGUUCCCUUCACUUUCUUCAUUUACUUUAGAUGGAAUUCUUUACUUGAUUAGAAGUUGCCCUCUUCGCGAGCUUUCAUUAGACCGUGUUUAUUCAUUCAACGAUGAAGGGAUGAAGGCUUUAUUAUGUUCAGCUAAUAAUAACUGCCUUGAAACUCUGGAACUCGUGAGAUGUCAGGAGAUUAGUGAUGAAGGUAUACAAGUUGUAGCUCAGUUUUCGAAGUUGUCUGUUUUGCGUGUUAGCAAGUGUUUGGGAGUUACCGAUGAUGGAUUUAAGCCGCUGGUGGGAUCAAACAAAUUGUCGUUGUUGGCGGUGGAAGACUGCCCUCAGGUUUCUGAGAGAGGUAUUCACAGGGUGGCAAGAACUGUUUCAUUUAAGCAAGAUUUGUCUUGGAUGUACUGAUCUUCUGUGACUUUAUGUUAGUCAGAAUUUAGCUAUACAUUUAGAUGUUUAAACAAAAUAAACCACAGGUUGCAAAGUGAAUGUACUGUAAUAUUGGUGUAUUAACUGAAUGGAGCUCAUGUAUCUAUGUUGGUUGCUUUGUUGGUACUUUUUUUUUUUU